AGUAUUUCAGUAAUAGCUGGAAUUCAGUUGUUUAAAGUCUUGGUUCAAUUUUUGUCAUCAUCUGGGGAGCCCAUUUUGAGUCCCCCACCUGGAAAAGGAUGUCUGAAUAUGAUUACCUGAUUUGCUGCUUCAAUGUCAAUGAAUCACUGCUACACAUUUUUUUCCUUAAAAGAAAGUGCUGUAGAUGUAAGAAAAUUUGUGCUGAAACCGUUGCAUAAGAAAUGAAAGUUGUUCUGGAACUUAUAAGUUAGAAUAUUGAUGAAUACACUGAUUUGCGUGGAAGAAUUGAUGUAGAAGAGCCAUGGAUAAUGGCAUGCGUGAGAAGCUGUUGAGCUCCGAAGAAAGGGAGGUAGGUGAUUUGAAAGGAAGGGUUUAUGACGAGUCCAAGAAAAUAUGGAGGGUGGCGUUGCCCGGUAUCAUUGCAAGAGUGGCAUCAUUUGGGACCAUAAUCGUGACACAGUCGUUUAUCGGGCACAUCAGUUCUGUUGAUCUUGCUGGUUAUGCGCUCGUUCAAACCCUUACCGUGCGCUUUGCAAAUGGAGUACUGAUAGGAAUGUCAAGCGCUACCGAAACUCUUUGCGGACAAGCAUACGGUGCAAGACAGUACCAUAUGAUGGGCGUUUAUCUGCAACGAUCAUGGAUUGUGGAUUUCUUAACUCUAACCCUCUUACUCCCCCUUUUCAUCUUUGGAGCACCCAUUUUUAAACUAUUCGGCGAGGAACCGAGCAUUGUGGUAUCUGCAGGAUACAUCUCUUGGUGGUUUAUUCCUAUGAUCUACAACUUCGUCUUCACUUUGACAAUGCAAAUGUUUCUACAAGCGCAGCAGAAAAACAGUAUUAUAGCAUGGAUAUCCAUCGCGCAGCUCGUGAUACACGUUCCCUUGUCGUGGUUAUUCGUCUACCAUCUGAACUGGGGAAUUGACGGCGCGAUGGGUGCACUGUGCAUAUCUUCUUGGCUGGUGGUUUUCGCUGAACUUGGAUACAUCAUGGGAGGUUGGUGCCCUCAGACGUGGACUGGGUUCAGCUCCGCUGCUUUUAAGGAUUUAUUGCCCGUUAUAAAGCUCUCGAUUUCUUCCGGCGUUAUGGUUUGCUUGGAGUUGUGGUACAAUUCUGUACUAGUUUUGUUGGCCGGUUACAUGAGUAAUGCCGAGGUUGCCAUAUCUGCCUUCUCUAUUUGCCUUAACAUCAACGGAUGGGAAUUCAUGAUCUGUCUUGGAUUUCUCGGCGCUGCAUGCGUGCGGAUUGCAAAUGAGCUUGGACGAGGAGAUGCUAAAGCUACAAAAUUUUCUAUCAAGGUCCUUAUAACUACUUCGGUCGUGAUUGGGGUGUUCUUUACGAUUCUUUGCUUGGCCUUCGGCCACAAUAUCGGGUACUUGUUCACAAAUGAUGUCGAAGUUGCAGAGACCGUCUCGAGUCUCUCUGUGCUCCUCGCUAUCUCAGUCUUGCUCAAUAGCAUCUAUCCAGUUCUUUCAGGGGUGGCAGUGGGAGCAGGUAUGCAAGGAAUAGUUGCAAUCAUCAACCUCUGUUGCUUCUAUUUGAUCGGAAUACCCAUCGGGGCUUUGCUCGGAUACGUUGCUCAUCUUCAAGUUGAGGGCAUAUGGAUCGGAAUGAACCUCGGAAUUUUCACUCAGUCGCUUGCGCUGAGCUACAUGGCAUGGAAAACGGACUGGGACGAGCAGGUUAAGAUAGCCUCGGAGCGUCUCCAGCGUUUUUACCUCAAAUCUUCCGAGGAACCUGGUAAUAAUGGACAUGCCUGAGAAAAUGACAACCACCUGAGAAGACAUUUAUGCUAAUGGGGUACAAAGAUGUUGGGAUCAGAUUAUAUAUAAUUGAUUUUGCUCUGGAAUUUUGGUUUGUCCUCACCAUAUUAUUACUGCAUUUGAUCUUUUUACUUCCCA